ACGCCCGUCUCGGCCACAGUGUGUUUGCGCGAAGUGUCGGCCGUUUUCGCCGAACGGAACGCCUCUCUGGCGGCCAAUGACUGCACUUUCGGCCGAAAACACGUCCAAAACGAGAACUCCGUUUCCAUCGCUUUUUCCUUUCGAUGGACCCGCGCCUUUUCAUUGGUCGUCGCCUUCGAUGACGACAUCGCUCCCCCUUUGCGUCUCCAGGAGCCCUCCGCGCAGCCCUCCGACCACUGGACCGCCCGCCCCCUGGCCUCCCGAGAGCUGCGAUGGCGCGUGCGGUGCGACGACCACUACUAUGGCUCGGAUUGCGCGGCUUUUUGUCGCCAACGAAACGACACUUUUGGUCACUAUUUGUGCGAAAAAAACGGACGAAAAGAGUGUUUAAAGGGUUGGAGAGGAGAGAACUGCGACUCUCCCGUUUGUCGGAAGGAUUGCAACGAAAAGCACGGCUUUUGCGAAGCGCCCGAAGAAUGCGUUUGUCGUAAGGGAUGGAAAGGCGCGCACUGCGACCUCUGCCACGAAUACCCCGGAUGUCUUCACGGCUACUGUUUGGCGCCUUUUCAGUGCAUUUGUCACCGAAAUUGGGGCGGAAUUCUCUGCGACCAAAACCUCGACUUCUGCGGCACUCACGACCCGUGUCUCAACGGCGGUCAGUGUCAGAACGCGGCGCCCGACCACUACCGGUGUCAAUGCAAAGACGGCUUCGAAGGCCUCAACUGUCAGACGAUUGUGAACGCAUGCGCACUGCAGCCCUGUCUCCACGACGGCGUCUGUCGUCCGCUGAACGGCUCUCACUUCCACUGCGACUGCGCAGACGGCUUCGACGGCCAGCGCUGCGAACGCGACCGAAACGAGUGUUUGUCCGCUCCGUGUCUUAAUGGCGCCACGUGUCACGACCUCCGCAAUGCCUUCCGUUGUCAGUGCGCGCCGGGAUGGCGGGGCGCGCUCUGCGACGAGGACGUGGACGAGUGCGCGCUCUCGCCGUGCGUCCACUCCACGCGCUGUCGCAACACCGCCGGCGCUUUCGAGUGCGAGUGCGAAGACGGCUUCGAAGGCAAACACUGCGAAACAGAAGUCGACGACUGCCGAGACGUCACGUGUCUUAAUGGCGGCCAAUGUCUCGAUCUCCGCAAACACUUCCACUGCGUCUGCGCGCAGCCCUUCGGAGGCGCCCUCUGCGCGCAACUCGACCCCCGCGCGUGUCUGGCCGACGCCCACUCGCAAGACCUCCACUACUGGCGCCUUCCGAACGCCUCCCUUUGCGCCAAACACUGCGUUUGCGACUCAGAGGCGCGUCUCUUGUGUCGCGACGACUGCUCGCAGACGACAGACGACGCCAUUUGUCGUCAGCAGACGACAAACCCGCGACUCGUUGUCCGCCUUUCGCCGCAAACGCCUCUCUUCUGUCAAUCUCUUCGCGCCAUUCAUUCGCUGAUCGCGAACUCACGUGACUUUUGUUGCGACGAAUCGGAAGACGGCGUUUCGGCGGUCGUCCACUCGCCGGCCGUUUCAGCUCUUCGGCGCUAUUUGCGAGCGUUGGACGCGCGCGCAGACGACCCGCCGUCCGUUCGCCUCCUCUGGACUCUCGUCGCGGCGCUCGUCGUGUCGUUUGUCGCGCUUUCGGCGCUUCUUUUGUGGCGAAAACGGCGUCGAAAAGCGGCGUCCAAUCAGACGACAUUUUGUUCGUUUCCGCGACAUCUUUCGGCGCAAAAGCGAACCGAAAGUGAACGCAAAAUGUCUUCAUUUCUGCCCUUCAGAAGACUUUCUCUUCUCCUUCUGAGGACACCAGUCGUCGCGCGCCGACACCUCCACCGCACCCCCGGCCUCCGUCUGCCCUCGUGGGGCCCUCCCGUCGCGACAGUGGAUCCGAAAGACGUCGAACAACGAGUCAUCGCUUGUCUCUCAAAACACGACAAAAUCGACGCCAAAUCCGUGACUCUCGCCUCGCAUUUGACGCAAGACUUGGGUCUCGACUCUCUCGACGUCAUCGAAUGCGUCGUUCACUUGGAGGACGAGUUCGCGCUCUCUGUGCCCGACGCCGACGCCGAACGCCUCCUGUCGGUGGGCGCCGUCGUGGAGUGGGUGUGCGCGCAGUUGACGGCCCGCAAAGACGGGAACCGGCGGCCGGAUAUAGAGUUCCUCGAAGGCAUGACUUCGGCGACCAAAAAACGAUUUCCUUUGCGGGACGCGAACCGGCGUCGUAGUCGUCGAACGCGUGCUCCGCUGCGGCUCAAGGCUGUGGCGCAGUGGAGGAGUGGGCGGCGCUUGCCCUUCACUGGCGACUGCUCGGUGGCGCACGCCAACACCUGCUCUUCAGCUGAUCCAAAGCCACAAGAGAUGGAAGCGUCGAUGGACUCGUCGGACGCGCGCACGCCCUUCGUGUCGGCCGCCGCGCACGGAGCGCCGCCACUGCCCACCACUGUCCGCCUCACGGAACCCGACCGCCCCUUCGCGGAGUCCGUGUGGGCGUGGCUCGUGGCCAACCUGUUGCUCGUGCUGACAGUGCUGUCGGUGGUGGGGGGUCUGGUGGGCGGGUGCCUCCUGCGAUACGCCAACUACGACGACGACUUCAUAAUGCUGAUCGGCUUCCCGGGCGACCUCCUCAUGCGGAUGCUGAAGAUGCUCAUCAUUCCGCUCAUCGUGUCGUCGCUGGUCGCGGGUCUCGCGCAACUCGACGCCGCCUCCUCGGGCCGCAUGGGGUCGCGCGCCAUCGCCUACUACUUCGGCACGACUAUGCUCGCCGCUGUGCUCGGCAUUGUGCUCGUGCUCGUCAUCCAUCCGGGAAACCCGCGCAUCAAAGAGGCCGCCAUGACGCAGAUCAAGAGCACGCAAGACACUCGGGUGUCCACUCUGGACGCGAUGCUCGACUUGGCGCGCAAUAUGUUCCCCGAGAACCUCUUGCAGGCGGCCUUCGCGUCCGUCAAGACGGAGUGGACGCGCGGCGCGCGCCUCAACCUCACGGGAAGAGAAGCGCACGUGCGGUGGGACCGCGUGGACAACGUGACGCACGAGUGGCGCGCGCCCAACGGCUCCCUUCUCGCGGAAACGCAUUUCUAUCAAAUGGUUCGUUCGUUUCCUUAUUCGCAAAACUCCAACGUUUUGGGACUCAUAGUGUUUUGCACGGCUUUCGGCAUCAUUUGCGGCCAAUUGGGCGCCGAAGCCGAGACUAUGAUCCGCUUCUUCGUCAUCCUCAACGAGAUCGUGAUGCGUCUGGUCGUCAUCUGCAUGUGGUACUCGCCGGUGGGCAUCGCGUCGCUCAUCAUCCAGAAGAUCCUCGACAUCAAAGACAUGUAUUCCGUUGCCCAGCAACUCGGCCUCUACAUGCUGACGGUCAUCACGGGACUCGUCAUCCACGCCGUCAUCACUCUGCCGCUCAUCUACUGGUCGGUGACGCGCAAGAACCCGCUCACCUUCUUCCGCGGAAUGCUUCAGGCGUGGGUCACGGCGUUGGGCACCGCGUCGUCCGCCGCAACGCUUCCCGUCACUUUCCGCUGCCUCGAGGAGAACAACCACAUCGACAAACGGGUGACGCGGUUCGUGCUGCCAGUGGGCGCCACCGUCAACAUGGACGGGACGGCGCUCUACGAGGCGGUGGCCGCCAUCUUCAUCGCGCAGAUGAACGCCAUCGACUUCAACAUCGGCCAAAUCAUCAUCGUGUCGCUCACCGCCACCGCCGCGUCCAUCGGCGCCGCGUCCGUGCCGUCGGCCGGCCUCGUGACGAUGCUGCUCGUGCUCACGGCGCUCGGACUUCCCACGCAAGACAUCUCGAUGAUCAUCGCCGUCGAUUGGUUCCUCGACCGCAUCCGCACUUCUAUCAACGUGUUGGGCGACGCGUUCGGCGCCGGUGUCGUCUACCACUUAUCGAAGGCCGAACUCGACAAAUGGGACGCCGAGCACGCGAUCGAGAUGUCCGACGUCUCGCAGGCGCACCUCCAGCCGCGCAAACUCUCCAUCAUGUCGCCGUCGCGGGCGGUGCCGAACGCCGCGGCGAAGGGCGGUCGCAAUCCCGAGACGGAGAUCUGAUUGGUUGGCUUUGGUUCGCGUCUCUGAUUGGUCGCCAAAUCUAUGCACAGAACAUAUCGGCGUUUGUAAUAAUAGACGUAUAUUUAGAUACAAUUCAAUCAUUUCGUGCCUCUCGACGCCCCCCCGCCCCCCC